AUGACCCAGCUUUCAGUACAGCUGGCGGUGCGAUCAGGUUCUAAUGAUGAGGCGUCAGCCACGCCAGAAAAACCGGAGCAGCAGCAACAGACGGACACGGAAAAGGAAGAGCUGGCAGCAAGGCUAGCGAAGGCGGAGGCGGAGGCUGCGGCGCUGCGGCUGGAGUUGGAGCAGCGGCGGCUGGAGAAGGCGGACAAUCUGAUCCGCAUGAAGCCCAACAGCGACGUGUACAUCGACGGCACCGGCGCUCGCGAAACCAUCUUCCAAGGACCCGUUGUCACCGGUGGCAAGAAAGGAGCAGCGCGGUCGUGGGGGUUCACGGAGACGGAGCUGCUGAGCGCGCAGGCCGGCAGCGAGGGGGACGGCGAAAUUGACGGCAAGGAGAGAGACGGCAUUGUCACGCGGCGGCUGCUCAUUGGCGCCGGCCUCGCUGUGCUGGCGCUUCCCGUCGCCUUGUACGACAUUCCACUCACAGUGGCCCCUCCCACCAAGCCUCUCUUCUUCUACGUUGUGCCACUUGUCCGACUGCAAUUGGCUCUCCAGGCCAUCGUAUCACAAGCAGACUCGCUUGAUGUUGUGGCGCUGCGCUCACAGCUGCGCUUUGCAGUGGGCACUAUCGACAGCGUCAGAGAGAAUCUUGUCAGCGCCACUGUUCUUUUAGAGGACAAGUCACAACAGCCAGCAAAAGAACUCGCGUUUGAGAUCAUAGACUAUCUGCAGCAGGCGGACUACGGUAAUUAUUUUGAGAACAUGGGUGCUCCAAGCCCAUCACAACACCUCAAAUCUAUCAAGGCCGCUAUUUCAAGAUUGGACAAGUUCUUUCGAUACGUUCCAUCAGAGGUUGUGGAAGCAGUAAAUCAGCAAGUGAAUCCGAGUUUCAACGUUCCUGAAGUCUUCGAACCUGAGGCUUCCACAGAAGAUUAUACAGCUACUGGUGCUGCAGCACAGAUCGAUGCGGCUUAG